CGCCCCUUUCUUUUACUAUCAGGUUGUGAUGUAAAGCGGAGGUCAGAGAAGACCCCUUUUUCACUCAUGGGGCCCCGUCCGAAGGCUAUAAAACCUACUUCUGUUCUCGAUCUGGUGAUUUUUUUCUUUCCCUCUGCGCGAUUCUGCUUUUCUUGCGAUCGACAGUGGUUACUGGAACGUAGUUGUGAUUCAAAGGAAAAGAAAUGGGUAGCGAUGGUGGAGCUUAUGUGGAGGAAUCCUGCGUCGAGGGAACCCGAGAUUUCAGCUCUUCGGAGGUCUCCUCCUCUGCUGACCAUCUGGUCGUAAUGGUCCAUGGAAUACUUGGAAGCACUAGUGACUGGAAGUUUGCAGCAAGCCAGUUUGGGAAGGCUUUUACAGACACAGUUAUUGUUCACUGUAGUGAGCGCAAUAUGAAUAUGCUUACUUUGGAUGGUGUUGACGUUAUGGGUGAAAGAUUAGCUGAAGAGGUUAUUGAUAUCAUCAAAAAAAGACGAAGGCUUAAGAAAAUUUCUUUUAUUGCUCACUCUGUUGGUGGAUUGGUUGCAAGAUAUACAAUAGGAAGGCUAUACAGACCAGCAUCAAAAUCCCAAGAGCUUCCUGCAGAUGAUUUUCAAGGUUUGAAUGCUAAAGGAACAAUAUAUGGCUUGAAAGCAAUGAAUUUCAUUACUGUUGCAACACCCCAUUUGGGUUCCUGGGGAAAUAAACAGGUUCCCUUUCUGUUUGGCCUCACAGCUGUUGAAAAAGUUGCUGCUCUAAUUAUUCACUUGAUAUUUAGAAGAACUGGUAGGCAUCUGUUUCUCACAGAUAAUGAUGCCCAGAAACCUCCACUUCUACAGCGCAUGGUGGAGGAUUGUGACCUCCAGUUCAUGUCUGCGUUGGAAGCAUUUGAGCGCCGUGUUGCUUAUUCAAAUGUUGGAAAUGAUCAUAUUGUUGGCUGGAGAACUUCAUCAAUCAGACGCAAUUCUGAAUUACCGAAGUGGGAUAAAUCUUUAAACGAGAAGUAUCCACACAUUGUCUAUCAAGAAUAUACAGAAGGAAGCACUUCUGAAAACCGUCCACUCGAUAACACUGACCUCAAUAGCAAUGAUGUGCUUGAGGAGAAAUUGGUUGUUGGUCUAACUCGUUUGUCAUGGGAAAGGGUGGAUGUAAGCUUUCACAGCAGCAAGCAGAGGUUUGCUGCACAUAGCGUAAUUCAGGUGAAAGAUGCCUUGAUGCACUCAGAAGGUGCUGAUGUUAUACAGCAUAUGAUUGAUCAUUUCCUUAUUUGAGGAAGCGGCAUUUUUCCAGAUAAUCAGAUAUAUCCUGAAGAUAACAAAAAUGGAUCAGAUUUCAAGCUGCAACAGAGUUUUUACAGAGAACAGGACAUCUUGGGAGAAUAAGAAGGGAUAUCAAUAACUGAACAAUGACAAUCUCUGAAAAAUAUUUUCAUUGCUUGUUUUAGGAAACCAAUAUUAAAUUUAAAAAAUUGCAAACA